CCGCCUGCUCGGGAUAUGAUGUAACAACUGUUCAGUCAGACUUAUCGGAAGUUAUAAUCGUGUGAUAGUAGCUCGUAUUUACUGUCAGUCACACUUUUAAAGGCAUCGGCGAGUGUGACCGUUUCAAACUUCACCAAAUGGCUUAUCCAGGAUACGGCGGGUAUGGGGGACCAAUGCCAGGCAUGCCAGCUCAGGGGAUGCACCCACAGGGAAUGCCGGGAGGUCCCAUGGGGGGUCACAUGCCGGGGCAUAUGGGUGGGCCGAUGGGAGGCGCACCACCCCAAGGAGGAUAUGCCCCCUAUGGUGGUGGAUAUCCAGGCACAUAUGGAGCCCCACCACCAGCUGCCAAUGAUCCAAUGUGGGGUUACUUUACAGCCAUAGCAGGCCAGGACGGUGAAGUGGAUGCAGAAGAACUCCAGAGGUGUCUGACUCAGGCUGGUUUCACCGGCAGCUACAAUCCGUUCAGCCUGGACACGUGCAGGAUCAUGAUUGCGAUGCUCGAUAGGGACUACACAGGCAAGAUGGGUUUCAAUGAGUUCAAGGAUCUGUUCACGGCGCUCAACGGCUGGAAGCAGAACUUCAUGAUGUUUGACCAGGACAGGAGUGGAACUGUUGAACCUCAUGAGAUGACUCAGGCAAUCAACGCUAUGGGCUACCGUGUCAGUCCUCAGGCUCUGAACGCAAUCAUCAAGCGCUACAACAAAGGUGGAAGAGUCUACUUUGACGACUACGUGGCGUGCUGCGUCAAACUGCGAGCCCUCACAGACAACUUCAGGCGGAGAGACACCAUGCAGCAGGGAUCUGUCACCUUCCAGUAUGACGAUUUCAUCCUGUGCACAAUGGCCAUCUAGGUGCUGCUGUCUGUCCCACGCCGUGAGAUCGGGGGCGUUUAACGGACCGGUCGGCGGCUGAGUCUGGAACAGUGCCUCACAGGAACGCAAAGGGAGGCCAGUAAAUUGGACUGAGCGGCCACGAGCUGCAACAGGAAAGUACCCAUCGCUUGUAACACUCGCCAUAACGCUUUAAUCUUGUAUUCACACACAGGUGUGCUGAACGUGUGUCAGGUGUAGACACACACACACAGUAUCUAUCCAUGUUAGAGAGGAGUAUAAUCAGUGUCUUUAAAUUUCAUUUAGAUUUCAGACUUUCAAAAUAAAAGCUGCAGACAACACAGCAUAGAAAUGCAUGAAUGUUUGUUUUUUACACUUGAAGCGGUGGAACAAUUAGAACUGAAUCUACCAGCUGUGUUUAACUGGUCAGCUCUUAUUUUGAAAUAUGAAAAGUAAACUGAUACUAACAGGAUGUUCUGAUAUGUGUCCCUCCUAUUGUGCCAUUUAUAAUCUCUGAAUGUACGAUUAAAUAUAUCAAAGGCAUUUAUAUAGAGCUUCAUAUUAACGGCAGCAUCGUGGUCAAUGAAUAAAUGUCAGCAGCAUUUACAGAUAACAUGAUGUCGAUUUUUGCUUUUACACUGAAAUUCACACAGUCAUGAACUAGUGCAUUACGUGUUCUUGGUAUUUUCUAUGCAGGAAAUAUUAUACACUUCUGUUUUAUAAAACGUAUAUUGAGCCUGACUUCAUUAGAUUCUAGACGCAUAUGAGCUUGAUGUUUAACUUGAUAACAAGCCAAAGUGACUGUGAGCUGAUGUGAACCCACACUGAUACCUGUUGUUACCGAUACUAACAUAUUAAAGUACUGUCAUCCAGCUGCAGCAAAGUCAUGUGCCUACUUUCUGUUUCUUCAUGUACCCCGUGUUGUAGGAAAUAUCAUAUUUUGUUACUCAAAAUAAACACUUUUUAAUCCGUA